AAUCAACAGCCGCUAGUUGCGAGUGGAAGAGGUGUCGUCGGUGAUUGCUACUGAAGUUUAAUGAGUUCAGAUUUAGUUCAAUAUGUGAUUUUGGAUAAUGGUAUCGAUUUUAACUAGCUAUUAUUCCUCAUGAUCGGAAGAACAGUGAAAAUUUAUGUGUUGUUUAAUAUAUUCAGCGGCUGAGGAAUUUCUGGCCCGGUGUAGCCAAUAACGGAAGGCAGAAUUAUCAAGAAGUCGAAGAAAAGUGGCAGGUUCUGCGGCUGAAAGUGUUGCAAGCGGAUAUAGUGAAACCCUCUGUCGGAAGCAGUUUCUCAGACGGGAUCCCGGAACACCGAUUUCGACGAAUCUGGGUGACCUGGGUCUCUGAGGACGGCGACGAUGGAUCUGCAUAGUUACGAAGAUGCCAGCAAAUCGUCAUCAUCGGAUAUUUCAUCAGAAACCAGAACCAGGCACGGUCGGAAACGAAAAUACAUUUCAAACGGUGAUACGGACAUAGAAAACCAACGGCCCUCCAAAAGGCAUGCAGUCGAGCGGCGUUCACCGAUCGCGGCCUCGUCGGCUCCAGUCAUGCCAGUGCCCAGCGUGGUCAGCUCGGCAGCAUCCAGCCACAGUGCCAGCAGCAUCACCAUCCACAGUAGCGAGUACACUUCGGAUACGCAAAGUUCCUCCGAUUGCUAUUCGACGACGGCCGAGUUUGACACGUUCCCCUUAACUUCACCACCAUCUGUAAAUAGCAACAUCCUCAGUCCUUCCUGUGAUGGAUCCCGCGGUAGUUGGAACACCAAGGGUGACACGACGCCUCACGGCAAUCGAAAAUCCUCUUCACAUCAUCUGCAGCAUAGUGAUAAUAGCAGUAGUAACAAUAGAUGUAGUGAAUCUCGUAUUCCCUCCCUGCCAUGCUGUGUAACACCGUCCUCAGAGCUACGAACCUGUCCGUUGCCGAAGUUUUCUUGGGCCGAUUCCAACGAUGUGUUCAAGCUCAUGUGCCGUAAGGACGAAAAGGCUUCUCUCGAACGGGAGCCAAAUAUGUUCGAUCAACAUCCAGGACUCCAACCACGGAUGCGAGCGAUCCUACUAGACUGGCUGAUCGAAGUGUGUGAAGUCUACAAACUACAUCGUGAAACGUACUAUUUGGCGGUGGAUUACAUUGACCGAUACUUGAGUCGAAAGAAGGAACAGAAAAAGACUCAUCUGCAACUGCUUGGUAUUACAUCGCUCUUUGUAGCAGCCAAGGUCGAAGAAAUUUAUCCCCCUAAAAUCGGCGAGUUUGCGUACGUGACGGAUGGUGCCUGUUCUGAGGAAGAUAUUCUACAAGAGGAGCUGCUGUUACUAAGUGAACUUCAAUGGAGCAUCAAUCCAGUGACUGUGAUGGGUUGGCUGGGACUGUACCUGCAAGUUAAUGUCACCAGCAGGCAGUCGGAAAUGGUACCGGUGUACAGCGGAAGUGGUCGAAAGCAGCAAUAUCAACAACAGUCGGCGAAGGCGCAAAUCGAUCAGAAAUCCUCCGAAUCGUUCAUAUAUCCUCAGUUCUCCGGGAUGGAGUUUGCUCAAACCGCUCAGCUGAUAGAUCUUUGCUCACUGGACGUAGGUCUGGCAAAUUUCCCCUAUUCUGUGAUUGCGGCGGCUGCGAUUAGCCACACUUUCGAUAGAAAAACUGCCAUUUCCCUGUCUGGUCUGGACUGGGAUGCAAUCGCGCCAUGCGCCAGAUGGAUGGAACCGUACUUUCUGGUAAUUUGCGAUGAAAAUGAAAUCUCACCACUGGCACUGCUCGAGACACAAGAGCAGGUCAAAGCUAGCUUUGGCUUGGCACAUGUUUGCCCAAACCUUGUAACCGAUAGUUCUCAUAUCAUUCAAACACACACCACUUCGUUGGAUAUGUUCGAUCGAGCAACGCUUCGUCGUGAGCAAAUGGAAGCUCUGGCUUGUAUAAUACAGCAGGAAGCAUCCCCGGCACCGCUGCUGGAUCCAGAAGGUCUACUAACCCCCCCAGCCUCGAGUCGCAAAUCUCUCGAUUCAAACAACCCAACAAAUCCACACGAGAUAGAGAACAGUGCAGUCUGCGCAAAGACUUGAUAGGUAGUUUAAAUUAUUUCUUAGCGUACUGUCAAUCCCAGACUCUUUCUAAAUGUAUGUUGCCCAGAUAAUUGUAACGUAACUAUACACCUCACUAGCAUUCAGUAAUUGGUCAACAUUUUCACUUAAAAGGUUAGCAUUGUGCCACCUACCGAGUUGUGUUAGCGAAUGUUUGAAAAUAUCAAUCCAUAAUUAUAGCAUGCUAAAGUAGUUAAACGCAAGCAGUCAGUGUCAUUUGACAUAGUACUCAUGCAUAACGGUCAAUACUUGCAAUAGUUAAUUAGGACACACAGCUCAUAUUCUAUUCUAAUAAAGUGCCGAUCGUUGUCAAUCAAUUUACAUUUGCAUAAAAUCAAUUGUUCAACUGAAUUGUACAAAUGUUCCAACGAACUACUAGUGUUAGAAGGCAUUCAUUGAUAAUUCUCGAAAAUUGUUCCAAAUUAUUUCCUUUAUCCUAACUAAACUUAAACUAAUUUCUGAAUCAUUCCCAAUAAUACCUAAUACCAUAACCAAGCUUUUAACUACCAAAACUAAUGCUAUAUCUCCCUAAAAUUCAAUGGCAUCCUGUCCAACUAAACUAAAAUAGCAAUCUCUACGCUUAUCCUACUAACCUUGUUAACAUUGAUGAAAACACUAAUAACUAAAACAAUUUCCUCACAGAGAGCUCAGAACCAAUAGGAGAAAGUAUCGAAAAGGGCCCGUAGUUGAACAAUGAUGUAUUUCACCCCAUCAUAUCCAGAGACAGAAUUCAACAGUUUAUUGUACGGCUUAGUUAAUUGAAAGACUGUUGAAAACUGAAUUAAUUGUAAAGGGGUUUCAAGUGUUAAAACUGAUCAUGAUCGUAAUGUAAUGAAACAGUGAGUGUAAAACAAUCAGCGGUUGGGCUGUUAAUAAAAAGAACAUUGAACAUGUAUUGAAAUUUUAAGUCGAAACUAGAAAAUAAAAAAAGGAAGAUAGUCGAGUGCAUAGCUUUUCUUGUAUUUCGAAAGGCAAAUAGUACGCUUAUUAUGUAGUAUAAAAAAUCGUUCAAGUGACUUUAUUAAUAUAGGUAUUAUGAUAGAUAGUAAUGGAGACCGGGGCUGGUUGGCCGAAGGGGCAAAUUGAUUGAGUGCCUUUUAUGAACAGGCUAUUUUGAGGAAGUGGUGACAUCUAUCGAGAUUUUAUUUAGUAAUUGAAAAAUCCACAUAUAUGCUCAAAAGUUGUGUCUUCAAGACAGCGCAAACCGUUUAUCAAAAAGUCUAACCAAGAAAAAGAGUACAAAAAUUCCUAUACAAAACUUGGUCAACCAGUCCCGGUCUCCCCUAGUGGAUUUCAUGUGAAUAGAUAACAAAAAAUGUAUGCAAUGUCAUGCACCCGAUUGGAAAUUUAUGCCACUCUCAGAGACUUUUGGUAUAUGUAAUUCAACCAUAUGUUAUGAUAGAUUGAUCGACUCAUUAAUGUUCCUUUCCUAUUCUAUCAUUCAUUUACAGUAGGUUGGACAAUAAUGGGUUAAUGAGUUGUAUAAAAA